CUCUCCUCUCUCAAAUUCUCUUCUUCCUCUGGCUCUCCACUCACCCACGCACAAAGAUUUACACCAUGAAGCAUGAACCCAUAUCUUCGGCUAAAGUGUUAAGAGUGCCAAGCCAAAGACCCAACUCCAGUCUUUGGCUAAGCUCUAAUGCUUUACUUGUUUUGCAACUUCCUCACGGGAAACCAAAUGGCUGUCCAUAGGUGAACGCCACCAAUUGAUUUCAACAUUGGAAUCCUGUCAACCAUUUUCUAGUGUUGACAGUUCAAAUUCAAUUUGAACUCUUCUUGUUGUAACUUAUUCUGUAGUUUUGUAUUAUCUGUUUCUUUAUUGAUUUUCCUGAUUUCCUCCACUUUUGUGCAACAACCGUAUUCUUCUACUUGUAUACGUAGUUCUCAAAAGCAACAAAAGAGAUAAUAUCAAAUUUACUCUUCCCUCCCGCAGAAAUCUGGUGUUGAUCCUAAUCAAAGUCAUUUUCAGCA